UUUAUGAAAAUGGCCAUGAAGUGGGUUUGCGUUAUCACUAUUUCUUGUGUUCAUCUCCCCCGUCUGUCUGUAAAUAGUUUAAACUGGUGGUCUGCCGCACUGCAUUCUAAUGAAUCUUCGAUGUUCUGACAGAAUCUUUUCAGCGAGAGCGAGGUUUCUGGAUCUUUUCAGAUCGACUGUAAUUUAAUCAAAAUUUAAUGCGAUGACAUUUUGCAAGCAUUUUGCACACGAAAACUGCAUUCAGCAUCAUAUGUAAAGAAAUCAGUGCCACCUCUGUCGCUGCUGUCACGCUCAUUCUUGACAACGUCGUUAGUACCAGAUGACUUCAUACACCUAACGUAGAUAUCGCUUUACUGUAACGUUAUCUCAAUCAGAGAGGGUUACCACUAGAUUCGGACAGAAAUAUCAAGCAACAGAUAAUCCGAAGGAUCAACAGUUUGAUUAAAGGUUACAAUACACAGUCCCACUGGAGCUCGUUCAUUAAGGUUAUCUGUGUCAUGCAGCAGAAAGUGUGCACACGCAACACAGCACUGUUUGUGAAGAACGGGCAGGCGUGUGGCGCCGGAGCCCCUCCUCAGCAUCCUUUCCACUGCCCUCGAUGUGGAGAGCAUGAACGUUUCCACAGUCUCUCUUCUCUCAGAGCUCACCUAGAAUACAGUCACCCGCUCCACACGAAACGUGACAUCAGCCUGCUGUCCGCCAGGGAUCUCUCCAACACAGAGCACAUGGAAAGUUGCAAACCCUCCAAUACAGACAUGCAUAAAGUACGUGGUGUCGGCACGAACACUAACUCCACUGCGAGAGGAGAGCACAAGCACUUAUUCAGCGCUGACCAAACUCCAUCGCAGCAGCCCGCAGAGCAAAAGCUCCCGCCCCCAGAGAGGAGCCUCAGCGUUGGAGCCGGACCCCUCUCGGCUCCUGUGGCGUCAGUGGAGAAGAGGCUGGAGGGGAUGAUGAGGACAGCCAAUGGCAGCAUGGAGCGACGUCUGCUGCGGCUGAGCUCAGAGCUGGCACAGACAGACACGGCUAUCCUGUGUGAGCGCGCUCACUCGCAUCACCUGGCGCAGGAGAAACAGGAAGUGCAGGAGCGAGAGCGGGCGCUCAGCAGACAGGUAGACACCGCUGUUCUGGUGAUCGCCACACUGAGACAACAGCUCAGCGUCUCAGAGCACGAGCUGGAGAGGAGAGAACAGGAAGUUGUGACCAUCCAGAGGUUUCUGGAAGCAGCGGCAAAGCAUGAGAUGUGCGGGAAGGUUCGUCUGCGUCGGUUCAUCGAGGGCCUCUUACGGAGGAUUUCUCUGGCCGAGAGACUCCUGGAAUAUUAUCAGAGCGUCCCUCACAGGCAUUAUUGCACGGCUCACUCUGUGCCUCUGCCAUCAGAGCUCGGUCCACAUAGAAUAACACAAAGCAGGUAUUGCAUUACUGGUUUUACUUUGAGAAGCAAAUUCACAUGUAACCCUUUAACCUCUAGUGUCCUAUACUUCACAACCAGCAGAACAUCUUCAGAGCACUUCUAUAUAAAUCAUGUCCUUUGGCUUGUAGUAGAAAGAUGUCCCCUCGAAGUAAUUCAUGAGGUCCUAUCAAGACAGUAGAAGAUCAUGUUCCCCUGCCAUAAAUAAUGAUUACCCUUCUUCUCCAUUUCAUCAGUCUUAAAUAUUAAAAACACUUGGUUCAUAUGUGCACUGGGUGAUAAUAACUGUCUUAUUUUGCUGUUCUUCGUCAUCAGGUCUUCAGGAGAUCAUCUUGAGCAGGACGAGGAGCAGCAGUUACCCGGUCAUUCUGGAUGGGGGCUGUCCAAAGGUGCUUCUGGGAGACUGGGUUACGACAGCUGGUCCCAGCGGAGGAGGUCAGAUGGGUACGAGGUUUAGGGACAGAGGCGGAGCUCAGCAGUGACUGUACAUGCAAAUAACACUAUUUCAGAUAUUACUGAAUUAUGUUGAAUCUAUUAAUUAUUAUACAGUGGAGUCAAAAGUCUGAUACCAGAUUGAAAAUCAUAUUUAUUUUAUUAUUUUCAUUACUGCUCCAGUCUGCCUGUAUCUUUUUGUUUUUACGUGCAAAAAUAAUUUCAGGUUGCCAAAUGCUAAGAAAUGUUGAUAUUCAUGUUACAGUUUUACUAGAAGCAGACUUUUGGACACAACUGUAUGUAAAUAUGAGUUUUACAAAAGCCCGAUAACAACAGCGAUGUCCGACUACAGGUGGCAGAUCAGUUAUUUGAUACUUGAAUGUGAUUAUGGUCCAUCUGUGAAAUAUUUUAAUGAUAAGAUUGGCUGUAGAAUGAACACAUGGUGAAGUUGCCCUUUAAUUCAAACAGAUACAGCUGUCAUUACAAGUCGCUAACAGGAAGUGAUGUCACAUGCUUGCGGUUUUCUAACAAACACUACUGUUCAGGAAAAUUGAUGUAGUUAUCUAAAUGCAGGAUGCUGUUAAAACAAAACCUGUGACGUACAGGCCAGAUCUUAUGCCACUUUAAGCUUGUAGUUUGUUCACAAUCUUUCUCUCAUUCAAAAUGCAAAAAUGUUUCAGCAAGAAGAAAAGUAUGUAGCAAGUUAUAAUUUUUUUUUUUGGUUUUGUUUUGAAGGUGCUGUUGUGUAUUUUUAACAGUGGUGCUACAUUUUAAUGGAUGAAUAUACAUUUCCUUGUUUAUGUCAGCCAGCUUCGUUAGAAGGAGAGAAGAAACAGAAGUCGCUUUAAAACAUGCAGCUAUUGGAGCAAUAGCACUUAUGGUCUUUGGCUGAACUGUGAAAUUAUUUUGCACUUUCAUUUAAAGAGAUAGUUUACCCAAUUCUGUCAUCAUUUACUCACCAUAGAGCCCUGUGAAGAUGUUUUGAGAAAUUUCAUUUUUUUGGGUAAGCUAUCCCUUAAAAUAAUAAUUAUUACAAGUAUUUAAGUCCUUAAGUUGCAUCUAGCACUGAAAUCAAAUGAAUAUUUAGAAUAAGGACAGCUUCUGACUGUACUGUUGUUUUUACAAGCUAAAGGACAGUCACGAUUCAUUUUUGAGGCAUUCGGUAGCAUGUAUAUAGUUAAUACGGGACACGUCCCAGCCAGGAUUUUAAUAUCACCUAAAACAUCCAGAGCAGUUUGACCAAUAACAUGCAGGUAUUGUACGUAACCGACCAAUCGUGGGGCUGCGUGAGAGAAGGUAAGAUCUAGAGGGAACGAUCAAAGCGAUGUAAAUAUGCGCACGUGUUUGUUCGUUCAUUCGUUCGAUUGACUCGAAGCGUCGCUCUGCACAAAUCCCAAAAAAAACAAAGUGGGCCACAAUGCUUCAAGUCAAACGAACGAACAAACACGUGAAAGCGAUUCGAAAGCAUAAGGAGCCGUCUGCUCUGCUCAUAUAGCUCUCAUGAAUGUUACACAAUGAUCAACCUGCACAGUGCAAAUAGCCAAAACCUGAAUAUUUUAGGCAUAAUUUUAUGAAGAGGGUGUUGUUCGUAAAAAACCAACAGAGUGGAGGAACAGGGUAGUGCUUUUGGUACUGUUAAUACAUAUAACCUUUACUUGACUUCAACUUUACAGCAUUUCGACUUCACGGUAUUCAAAAUCAGUGUUUUGUAAAUACUAGUAUGUAUUUUUAGCAAGACGCAGAGGAGAUCUCAUCCACCGCACCUUAGUCUUGACGAGAACCCAGUCAGUUUAAGGGGGGAAAAAAGCCAAAUGAGGGCAUUAACUUACAUUUGAGCUAAGGCUACUUGUUUUGUUCAGUUUAAGCUCUGAAUUGAAGCUCUGAAAGUUGCAUGUGACCAGCUAAAUACGACCUCUUGGCUUCACGUGUGAGACUUUUACCUUUUUUGAACAAAUGUGCACAUACAAAAAGCCCAGCAGAAAUAACAAAACGGCACUUGGAUUUUGAAUUCAGAAGACGAAAGUAUAAAAAGGUGCUGUUUUGUUCAUCCACUCCAUUGUGUGCUCAGUUCUGACACUGUGACUGGAAUCUGAUUUUGUGGUCUCUUCAUGUUUCUGUGUCUCUCGUUUAUGUUGUGUUCAGUCCGAAAGAGAUCUAAAGUACUGUAGUGCUGUGUGAGCAUGAGGUAGUUCACAUCCAUCAGUGUUUUAUUGUGAGUGAGCAUGCUAUAAUGCUUUAAACCAGUGGCUCGUGCAAUAUGUGACAGUAUUUUCAUGAUUUUCAAAUGCUACCGUACAGAAGAAAUCUGAAGGACAUAAUAGGCUCAAACAGGGGCUCAACCUACUUCACACGUGAUUUUAUUUAUGUAUCUGUUUAUUUAUUAAUAAUUGAAGCUGAGACAGUGUUCCUAUGUACUUCAUUGUUACGUUAAAAUAAAUAUCAGCUGUUGUAUCAUAAAAAAGUUAUAAUGAUGCUUUUCUAAAACGAAUAGUUCUGUGAACUAGGUUGGACCCUGGAAAUGUAGAUGUGACAAUCAGAAGCAGAGCAAAGCUAAACAGCUUAAAGGUCUUUUGUUCUCUUGUUUGCUCUUUCUUGAUAGUAUAGAUAUGUUGUGCCAUGUUGUUUUCUGUUCAAAAAUAUUGAAUUUGUGUUCUCUAGACUUAUUUAUUUUAAUGUUUGUGCCUUUCGUCUGCAUUACACUUGUGAUACUGUGAGAUCUGAAGUCUCACGCGAUCCUUGCUGCUGUAUGUGAUACUCUGGAUAAUAGAAAUGAGAUUAGAUUUCAUCAUUAAAGAUUGAUUUGUUAAUGCUAUGCCUGUUUUUCAUCUCUGCAGCAUUAUUAAAAUCUGAAAGUCUUUCAUUUUGAUCAG